AUGAACAAUCAAGAUGUGAGCAUUUUGAAUGUGGGAGGAGUGAAAUUCACAACAUGGCGUUCUACGCUACAGCAAUUCCCUGAAUCUAGAUUGGCAAGGAUGUUGGGUGGCGAUGACUUAGAAUGUAGGUUGGUGAAUGGCCAGUUCUUUAUAGACCGUGAUGGAGUUCUGUUCAGCUAUAUCCUGGACUUCCUAAGAACACGACAGCUUUCUCUGCCCAGUGACUUCUCAGACUACCAGAGGCUGCAGAGAGAGGCUGAUUUCUAUGAAAUUUACUCUCUGGCUGACCUUCUGAGUCCAGAAAGUUUGUUGAAACCAAAACUAGAGAUCUUGGAAAUACGAUUCUUGCUCCAAGAAAUGCAAGCUUUUUUCCGGGUAUUUGGCUCUUGUAGCAUCACUAUUGGUGAACUGGCUGGAAGAAUCACUGUAUUUUCAGAAAAGCUUGUUGGAACAACUUGGAAAAGCCAUAAUGACCCUUCACAGAAGUCGUUGAUUCCCCUUUCUUUGGAGAGGCCUUCCCAUCAUGAUGUCAUUUUCCAGUGUGGCACUGACUACAGUGAUCAGUUUAUAGCAAGGUAUUUUUCUUAAUUUCAAAGCUAACACAAUACAAAUAGCAUAUGUACUCUCAUGCAACUCUGACAAGUUUUCAUACCUUUUUCAGACGUUCUCUUUUAAACCCUGCUUCAUACAAAUAGGUUCUUCCUGCUCCAACUCUAAUUCUACUACAUUCAUCAUAUACCUUAUACCUCAGCUGUCUGCUUUAAUCAAUUUCUAGUUUAUAUUUAGGCAUGUGCAAUAACUAAGGCAAGACUGCUACUGAUAAUUUUUAUUGCACUGGUAGCAGGCAAAAUACCAAGCGUAGGUGUAUACUAUCUGGUACAUGCUGGCACUAACAUUUUUUUCAUGGUUUUUUCCAGAUAUGUUUCUAUAAAACCUGAUCAGAGGAAAUUGAUUAAUGGAACUAAUGUGCUGGGCCUGCUGGUUGACUUAUUACUCAAAGAAGGAUUUCGUUUAAUAAGCACUAGGACUGUCUCGGCUGAAGAAAAAAUUGAAUGUUAUAGUUUUGAAAGAAAAAGGCAGCCAGACACCUUUUCCAUUAAUAUGUGCCAAACACAACAAGGCACCACUAUAUCACAGCCAAUCCAAGUGCACAAACGCAAAUGA